AUGUCCGCAUACGACGACCUCGUCGCUGGCACACCCUCGAUGCGCAAGGCCCGCGACGCGCAUGACCACGACCAUUUUCAUCACCACGGGCAUAGCGACGACCCCACCGAGGGCCCCCACGGCCAUGUGAAUCAUUGCUUUCAAUACCUGCGGGAGUCGCUGCUGUGCUGCGGCGACACCGCCCUGGAGGGCCAGGGCCAGCGGGCGCAGCCCGGCACCGACGGGACCGGGGCGGUGCAUGAGUGUAAGGACUUCGAUGCGAUCAUGGCGUGGGCGGAUGAGAGACGGAUUAUGGACGGUAAGCAUCCGUGA